CUCGCAACCCCAAGGCCUCCCUCAUUCCACUAUUGUCUUCUCGAACUGCAACUUCCCCUCACCCCCUCAAAACCAUCUUUUUCACAGCCCACCUCGGGGCCGUUGAGGAUCCCCGACCUCAGUCAACAUGCCUUCUGCCACAGGUUCCAGCUGGGAGAAGUACCAAAAGAAUUACGCGGACGAUGAGAUAGAAGAGAAAAAGAUUACUCCCCUUACCGAUGAGGAUAUCCAGGUCCUCAAGACCUACGGCGCUGCGCCGUAUGGUGCCGCCAUCAAGAAACUGGAGCAACAAAUAAAAGAGCGGCAACAAAGCGUGGACGAGAAGAUCGGAGUCAAAGAAUCAGAUACUGGUCUUGCACCACCACACCUCUGGGACGUACCAGCCGAUCGCCAACGAAUGUCGGAAGAGCAACCGCUUCAAGUAGCGCGGUGCACGAAGAUCAUUCCGGACGAGAAGGAUGACUCCAAGAGCAAGUACGUGAUCAAUGUCAAGCAGAUCGCCAAGUUCGUUGUACAGCUUGGCGAGCGCGUGUCCCCCACCGACAUUGAAGAGGGCAUGCGCGUUGGCGUCGACCGCAACAAGUACCAGAUCAUGCUCCCCCUGCCGCCCAAGAUCGACGCCUCGGUAACGAUGAUGACGGUCGAGGAGAAGCCAGAUGUCACCUAUGGUGAUGUGGGCGGUUGCAAAGAGCAGGUCGAGAAGUUGCGUGAGGUCGUCGAGAUGCCCCUUCUCUCUCCAGAGCGCUUCGUCAGUCUCGGAAUCGACCCGCCCAAGGGAGCGCUGCUGUACGGACCUCCCGGUACCGGCAAGACGCUCUGUGCUCGUGCCGUUGCCAAUCGGACGGAUGCUACGUUCAUUCGUGUCAUCGGUUCCGAGCUGGUGCAGAAGUACGUUGGUGAAGGUGCACGCAUGGUACGUGAGCUCUUCGAGAUGGCACGUACCAAGAAGGCCUGCAUCAUCUUCUUCGAUGAAAUCGACGCUAUCGGUGGCGCGCGUUUCGACGACGGUGCCGGUGGUGACAACGAGGUGCAGCGGACAAUGCUGGAGCUCAUCACCCAGCUGGACGGCUUCGACGCCAGAGGCAAUAUCAAGGUCAUGUUUGCAACCAACAGACCGUCUACGCUCGACCCAGCGCUGAUGCGUCCUGGACGUAUCGAUCGUAAGAUCGAAUUCUCGCUUCCGGAUCUCGACGGCCGUGCCAAUAUUCUGCGCAUCCACGCCAAGAGCAUGUCAGUCGAGCGGGAUAUCCGGUGGGAGCUCAUCUCCCGACUGUGCCCGAACGCCACAGGUGCCGAGCUGCGCAGUGUGUGCACGGAGGCUGGUAUGUUCGCCAUCCGCGCGAGAAGGAAGGUGGCAACGGAGAAGGACUUCCUGAGUGCGGUGGAGAAGGUCAUCAAGGGGAACCUCAAGUUCAAUUCGACUGCUUCGUACAUGCAGUAUAACUAG